AUGAUGAAAUUAUUUACCGAUGAAGCCCAAGGGUUGAGAGUUGAUCCAUUAGUUGUUUUAUUCUUGGCUGUUGGUUUUAUCUUCUCCGUUAUUAUCUUACAUGUAUUUGCCAAAAUCACUGGUAAAUUUACUUCUUAA